CUGGUUCUAAAAUAUGUUGGAUGUGUUUGAAACAAUCAUCCAAUCAAAAUCGUGCCUUUCGAAAACGUAAUCGACAUCCGUUUCCGUCUCAACGAAUCUUUAAAAUGGUUAAGAACGCAUGAACGAUUAAAGAGGUUAUAAAAGUGAAAUAACUAAAAUAAUGUCAAAAUAAAUGUUGUAUGCGUAAUAAUAAUUUCAUUUGUAAAAAGGAAAUUAUAUUUCUAUAACUUGAAACACUGACAUUUACCUUAUUAUCUAAUGAAUAUUAUUGUCCGUUAAAUUAAGCAUGGUCACAAAAAUUAAAAAAAAAAAUGCACAAAUACAGUAACAAAUUAAAAAAUUCCAUCCAGCACUGUGAUGCAUUAUUUAAUUUCUAAAUGCGAUUAAAAUUGAAAAUUUCAAGACAGCUCUGACCAAAAAUAAACAUUGAUAAUGUCACACGAAUUAACAUUUUUUUUUGUGGUUAUCUGUCCAAAUUUAUUUGAUGGAAUAAAAAUGGAAGCCAUCUUCCUUCCAGUACUAUCCCUCCAGCUAUAUUGUAAAAUAUAUUAGUGACAAAUAAUUUACAGUGUGACGGAGCCUUUAUAUGUAAAAUAUUAGAUGGGAAUUCAAGUAAUACAACUUGUCAAACAAACAUUGGGGCGGCGCUAGUGACAUUUUCAGUGACUCCUUAAACCUCCAACUUUAUUUGACACAACAUAUUGGAAGCUGUUGGAAGCGAAAGUUUGGCAGUGUGACAGGGGCCUCUACUAAAAUUAGCUUCAGAAUUUAUUUCGCGCAUAAUCUCGUUGGAUAUCCGCAGCACAAAAUUACGAUGGUUGAUGUGAACCGUGUGUUUAUAUCGUCUGCUGGAAGCAGUCCUCUAGCACAUCACACAUUGUGUAGCGAAUCGUGAUGGUCUAAUAGGCACUAUCCUUAUAACCAUAUGUACCAUGAAUUUUUUUUAAUGGCCUGUGUGAAACGUACUCCCAUAUUGUACACAAUUCUCAAGCGUGGAUGUUGGUUGAAUAGACUUAACACUUUCAAGGCCGUGCUCUUAACGUGUUAAGCAAAAAAAAAAAUCCGUCAGUGUUGGCAAACCUGCCUUUUGUGGAUGCGUUGGGAAAAAAAACAAAAGUGGGUACUUACAGAUAAACUGGCGUAUCUAGACUUAUCAGUCAAAAAUAGAGUUCAUGUUCGUCAGUGUGCUGCUGUGAUGCCAUAGCGUUUACGGUUUCAAUUGUGAUUCUGCUGUUGGCUGGGUUCGAACGCGAAAAAAAUAAAAAUAAAAUGCGCGCCUUCAGUUACGCGGCGAGAAAGAACCGAGGUCAGAACAGUUCAUUUGAAACGACUCCCAGCGCGUGUUGAUUUCCACUCGACGCACGGAGCAGAUGCACCAAGAGUCCGGAUCCACCGCAGGGGAAGCAGCAUGAAAGGGAUGUGCCUGGUGUUCUCGCUGGUGACGACGGCGGGACUCUUCACGUUCUGGUUCAUCGGCCAGAGCGCGUUCGACGACAGGGGUCGCCACCACCGCCGAGUGUCGCUCACGCGCACGUCCAACGCCUCGGGGAUCCUGAGGACCCCGGUCAGGGGCGAGGACAACGUGUUCUUCAUCGAGUCCUCGUGCGCCAUCAGCGGGCCCGAGAAGUCCACCGUUACGAUGAAGCCCCGCCAAGCGUGCGCCGUCGAGUCGGCGGCCUCCCUCAACCCUAAGAAGUCCGUCUACUACAUCGACACGUGCCUGGACGUCGGGGAGUUCGGAGCGGCCGCCUUCUCGGAGGAGGUGGUGCGCCAGGUGUUCCACUACGCCAACGUAUUCGUGUUCCCCGUGAGCAUGUCCAGCUACCUGAGGAGAACCCCUCUGGAAGGGUGGCUCGAGCUGGGCGAGCUGAACGGCUCGGUGUACCCGGUGGCGCAUGCCAGCGACGUCCUCAGGCUGGUGACCCUGUGGAAGUACGGCGGUCUCUACCUGGACAUCGACAUGGUGCUCGUGAGGCCUCUGGACGACUUGGGGUGGAACUUCGCGGUGGCGGAGAGCAGCACCCUGGUGGGCAACAGCGUGCUGAGCUUCUCCGCGCGAGGGAUCGGCCACGAGUUCGCGGAGAUGUGCCUCAAGGAGCUGGCCGAGACCUACGACGGCAAGGUCUGGGACCACAACGGACCGCAGCUGGUCACCAGGGUCCUGAGGCGCCUGUGCGACUUCGCGCCGGUGAAGCUGAUGCACGAGGAGACCUGCAGCGGGUUCAGCGUGAAGCGGACCGAGACGUUCUUCCCGUUCCCCUACCAGCUGUGGCAGCUGCUGUUCUCCGAGGAGCUGGAGGACUUCGUGAUGCGGCUGGUGGCGCGCGAGGAGACCCACGCCGUGCACGCGUGGAACAAGAUGAGCCGCGACCGGGACGUGCGGGUCGGCUCCCGGCAGCCGUACGCCCAGCUGGUGGCGCGCUACUGCCGCCGCGUGUGCUUCUCGGCCGGCGCGGUGCUGUGACUCCUGGGGCCUGCGUGGUGCUGUGACUCCUGGGGCCUGCGUGGUGCUGUGACUCCUGGGGCCUGCGUGGUGCUGUGACUCCUGGGGCCUGCGUGGUGCUGUGACUCCUGGGGCCUGCAUGGUGCUGUGACUCCUGGGGCCUGCGUGGUGCUGUGACUCCUGGGGCCUGCAUGGUGCUGUGACUCCUGGGGCCUGCGUGGUGCUGUGACUCCUGGGGCCUGCAUGGUGCUGUGACUCCUGGGGCCUGCGUGGUGCUGCGACUCCUGGGGCCUGCGUGGUGAUGUGACACGGGCCUUGUGUGAUGCUGUGACUCCCGGGGCCUGUGUGGUGCUGUGACACAGGGCCUGCGUGGUGCUGUGGCACGGUGCCUGCGUGGUGCAGAGUGGCUUCUCGUGCGGCGCAGGUGUUUUUUUUUAAUUUUAAUCCGAGUAAAAUCAUACCUUGAACGAUGACAGAGCCGAGCAGAACCGAGCGGGAACCCCCGAACUUGGCCAAUUCAGGCAUUAUUUAAAAAAAAAAAUUAAUUUUUUAAAUUUUCCGCAUGCUAAACAUUGACGAGAAUGUGCAAGUGUCUUUUUCUUUUCAACUUAUCGUGGCACGAAUUCAGGAAAAAAACCUUACGCCCUUCUUGUACGGCACGACAGCGCCACGUUACUCCAGAGAGUGAGCCAGCACCACCCGGGGACUUUAUCCGUUGCCAUCACAUAGUUGGUAAUCCUGUUUAAUGUUUUAAUUUACCCAUAUAUCUUUCUUUACGUGGCAUUUCAGAUACAUUUGAGAUGUUUAAGAAACAUUGUAACAUUUCAGAUACAGAUGUGAUGUAGGAACAUUGCACAGUUUCAGAUACAUAUUAGAUGUUGUAGAAAAAUUGCAUUGUUGUUUCAGAUACAUAAUAUGUGAUGUAGAAACAUUGCAAUGUUUUCAGUUACUUAUGUGAUGAUGAUGUAGAAACAAUGCAUUGUUUCAGAUACUUAUGUGAUGUUGUAGAAACACUGAAACAUUUCAGGUGUUCGUGUGAUGUAGAAACAAUGGCAAUGUGCAAUGUUUCAGAUACGUAUGUGAUGUAGAAACACUGCAACGUUUCAGAUACAUACGGGAUGUUGAAGAAACACUGCAACGUUUCAGAUACAUAUGGGAUGUUUUAGAAACAUUUAAACGUUUCAGAUACAUAUCUGAAGUUGUAGUAACAUUGCAAUGUUUGGAAAUGUAUUUAAACAUUAUGAGUGCAUGCCUUAUAGGUAUUUAUUUCACCCUGAAAGUGUCUUUGAGUGAAUCAAAACUCUUCAGAAGAUAAACUUUAAAGUCUUUAUCAUUGCUUAUAUAUAUACACAUACACCACACAUUGCUCAGUAUACAAUUCCUUAAUUUGACAAUGCUGUUAUGAGAACAAACAUACCAAUAUUUAAUGUCAUAUUAAAAGAAUAACAUUUGAAUUUGUAAAUGCUAAAAUAUACUACCUUUUAUUGCAUAUAAAAUUCUAAUUAAAACUGCUGAAAAAAUCCUAUUUAUUUGUUACUUUCGAAAACAAUGCUUCGUGUGAGCUACCCAUUAUCAUAAAUCAAAAGGGGUACACAUAUAUCGAAUUUGGAAAUAGGGAAAACAAGAUGGUACAGUGUGUCGAAAGUUCAUCUCAACAAACACACUCAAAGAUUUUCAUUAAAAUCUUAACCAUAACAUGGAAAAUAUGCGAAGGAAUUCGCAUGGAGCGGAAUUGUGUGAGUACGUUGCUGCCAUCUGUGGCGGAUGAUGGCGCGAACCGAAGUUCACAAAGCCAAAGGGAACCAUUAUAGUAUAAACUGUUUAUUGAGUUUUAACAAGACGGACGGUAUUUUAAUUGGAAUUUCGCUCUGCGAAUUGAAUGAUUCGAUAGUCGAUGCGUGAUUCGCGUCAAGAAAUGUAUUUGAAAACAUAAUUUUUUUUUCUCCAAAUUAUUUAAAAGAAUUCUAAGUUACAUUUCAUGUCCGAAUUUCGUGUUUUAAAUGCAUUUCCAACAUGACACCACGUGAAUUUGCUCGUUACCGAGGUUAGAUGUUACACAUAUCCAGGGGCGCAACAACAGGGGGGGGGGGCAAGGGUAAGUAUGCCCCCCCCCCUCUGAAACCUUGAAGUGGGGGCAAACGGGGGCAAAGAAAGUGCUGUGUAAUCAAUUUUUAGAUGAUAAAACAUGCUUAAACAGCACCAUUUUCCACCUUGAAAUACAAAUUUUCCCGGGGUGAGGACCUCCGGACCCCCCCGCUUCAAUAGGGGGGGGGGGGAUCGAUGAUUCUUUAUAAAAAGGUAUAUUGUCCCCCCCCCCCCCUAUUUGGAAAUUUAGUUGUUGCUCCCCUGCACAUAUCUAUGGUGUGAACUAGAAGACUAGCUCAGAUUUUUUUUUUCUUCUCCCUGUGAAGAUCUCAUCUUCGUCUAUGCGAGAGUCCGGAUAGGCAAUCGUAGCCACGUCGUUAACUGCGUCUGGAGAAAAAGCACCAAUGGUUGUUCGGUAUGCUCGGUGAGACAUCGCAGCCAAUGACAUCGCGACGAGCGUCAGCGUGCUAGGAGGCGAACUGAACGUUUCGAACACAAACAGCACCGUGCAUGCCGCCAUUGAGAGAAAUAUCACAGUCCACGGGUUCAUGACCUCGAAGAGUUUCGUAACCAGUGGCUACCGUUGCUUCUGGAAUCACAACACACGAAGCAAUUAUAUCUCCGAUGCAACGCAAAUUUUGGGCACCAUUUUAAUUUUUCACUGUCGUGGAAAAAAUUUUAAUUUCGAAAUAACAAAUAAAAAAAUUGGUUGUCUGUGAAGUCGGUUUACGGACGAUAGUUUAACGUGACAACGUCAUAACAAAACAUUGAUGAAAUGAUUACAUACUUUUAUGAAUUAAAUCGAAUCAUUUUUAUUGAAUUUUCACUAUUUUGUAUGGAUACAAAGAAGGAGUGAAAUGAAAUCUAAAAUUUAAUUGAUACAUUUACUUUUAUUUGCACUCAUUAAUUAAAAUAUGUUUAUUACUUUAACGAAGAGAUUAUUUUGACUGUAACUUUUAUAAGUACAUGUUUGCUAUUUAACUUCUUCCAAUCUGUGUUAUUCUGUUGAGGAUAGGACGAUGAUAGGAAAAGUAGGGAAACGAAUGGGAGUGUUUCAAGUUUAAUGUGCCUCGAAAAAGUCAAAUCGAUGGUUGUUCCAAUCGAGUGGAAGAGAGAUAGAUGCGGCGCAGGCGUACAAUGAGCGUAACGGGACACAGCGUAACGGGACAAUGUGCGUUGCGGGACACUUUUUCGUGCGUGCAGCCGGCGUUCAUCGGUUUAUUAGACGUUGUCACGUCAAAAUGAGAACAUAAACCCACAGAGAACAAGCCUAACUCAGCUAACGAUGGAAAUAAACAGUUAUUAUGGACGACACAACGACCACAGCACAGUUGAACACAUUCACCCUUCGAAUAUCAGACAGAACAAGUAUUCCGUGGAAGGAAAUUUAAAGGCCGUAUUCCAAGACACAAAAAUAAGGGUUUAGGUGUUGAAUAUGCAAUACCUGUACCCUAACCAUAUUCCAAGUGCACGAUAGGACACGGCCAGACCUUUAUUUUCAGGGCACUGAUUUUUGGUGUCCUAUCUGUUGCCGAUUUGAUCCAUAACUGUGUAUAUAUAUUUUUCCUUUUAAAUGAACUUUAACGGAACUUUUACGAUUACAAUUCCUCCCCCCCCCCUAAUAUCUUAAAAAACAGCAAACGGCCAAAAAUUCAUCGUUUAUUCUUGUACAACCAAAAUUAAAUAUUUUAUUUCACAUUAUAAUUCCAUAGUUUUAAAAAAUAAGCUAAAAUUACGAUGGAUUCCACGAAGUACAACUGUUUAUAGCCUCGCACAAGUCCUCGUUUAUUAAACGGCUGCCGAUCUGAUACCUUACAGGGGUUCAGUUAGGACACGUUUUGGAAUAUGACCCGAGAGUUAGGUUACGGCAGUUGCCCAUCAAGGCAGUGCAUAUUCGCUACCUUACUCAAAUGUCUUGGAAUACCGCCCUAUGUCAUGAAAAAUGAACAGCACAAGCGAACACAAUGGAUUAGCAAUGACGAGACAGAUUCAACAAGAACAGUUAAUGCAGUCGGACAACAAACCUGUACAACGCAGCAAACAUACGUACACAACGAUGAAAAAUAAACAGGUUUUGUGAUCAACACAACCAUUAAAAACAGUGUGUGUGUACAAAAAUUUGUAUUAAAUCAAAAUUCUUCCUUGCAUGAAUUAUUCAAAGAUCUCCUUACACAGUGCAAAUAUGUCCCAAAAAGAUAGAAACCGCACUAAUUAAUUUUCGUUCGUCCUUAAUUUCUUUCGGGAUGAAUAUUUUACUCUUUACCAACCCCAAAUGUUCAGUUAACUGAAACUCCGUCCGAUUUCAGUGUUGAAAAUUCUGGGUUGGUAUCCCUGAUAAUAGAUACAUGUUGGUUGUUAUAAGGUAUUUUUAAUUUAGUUUGUAAGCAUCUUCCUGAUUAAGUUACCGAUAUAAACCCACAAAGGAAAAAAAAAACUAUGUGCCUUUCCAAUUAAAAACCAUAUCUCCAAAGUUAUUAAUUGAAAGUUAAGAAAUUAAACAGGAAUGGUAAACAAAAAAAUCGGCAACCUCCUUUUCAAUUUUUUGUUUUGUUUUAUGAAGAAUGAAUUAUAUCUUCGAAUCUACUAGAGCUGCAGAUACGUACUGAACAUGCUAAACAUACAUGAUGAAUUACAUAGUGCAAUUUUUUGCAGUUGUCUAAUUUGAUUUCUGUGGUGGUGAUUUUAGGAUCGGUACGGUUUCAUAGUAAAAAAAAAUUACAUCUCCGAAGCAAAUCAAACAGGAGGUUGCAAAUGCAGCAAAAAUUACAUACUUUAAGUGUAACUAUUUUGAAUUUGUUUGUUGAGUGUUGAAAAUUGGGUGAGUUUAGUUUUAUAAAAAAAAAUAUUCAUAACUCUAAAGCAAAUAAAGUGGGAUCUAAGAAACUUUAAGGAAAAUUACUUACAUAAAGAGUAAUGCAAUUCUAUAUCGCCAAAGGGGUUGAAAAAUAAGAAAAUUUUGUUCUGUAAUAAGUAACGAACUCAUUUCGUUUAUUAAAUUGUUCAUGCAAUGGGUAAAUUUGAUUUAAUAAAAUUUGAUUCAUAGGCUUAUUUCCUGUAAUUUCAUGUUAUAAACUUAAUGCUGGACAGCAGUGAUGUAACGAAUAAUCGCAUAUUUCUUGACAUUCGCUUUUUAAAUUGUGAAAAUAAUCUAAAUUUAGACAUAACAUAUUAAUUUCUUAGCAUUUUUUUUUUCAGAAUUUCUUUCACUAAGGUAACCUUGCAAUUAUAUAUUUUAUCAGCCUUUAAUUUACAUUAGGUAAUAUGUAAUAAAUUUUUAGACUUAGUAUUGUAAGUAAUUCACUUUUUCCACCCACACACCCACACACACACACACACACACACACACACACAUAUAUAUAUAUAUAUAUAUAUAUAUAUAUAUAUAUAUAUAUAUAUAUUUCAAACAAAACGAAUUAAUUUAUAUUUCUCUUAAACUUUUAUCAGUCAUUAGCUCAUUACGUACAGAUUAUUUUGAAUUUUAAUUUUUUUCUAAGAAAUCAACAUCUUUUGAGAAACUGAAAAAAGAAGUAUUAAUUUGAAGAAAAAAAACUUUAUUCUUCUUUUAAACUUUCAUGCCAAUAUUUGAACAUUAUUUUUACAUUUUAGUUUACUUAAAAAGUAGUACCGAGGGGUGACGCUAGGGUGCCAACAACUCAUACCAACAUCACCACUAACCAGUGUAUUUUUUAUUCGUGUCUGUGUACUUGACCCCGCACGCAGGGAAACGCCAAGGCGUGUUUACAUACCUCGAAAGGAAGUCCCUUGCCGUUGGCAGCGUGGAAAUAAAUAGCGGUUCUUCGGGCGACGUAUUUUAAAAAUUUCAAAACAGCGAUGUCCGUGUUCCAAAUCGCGACUGCGCGCGUGGGAGAGAUAACUUCUGCGCGCGCCCGCCAGAUAGCAGCUAAAUCGAAGCUUUCGAGGAGGCCCGCUGGCGUAAUCUUCAGACGCCUUUGUUGCCAGAUAGCCGUUUUUACGAGUGGUAUUGUCACGAUCCGAUACGUUGUGAAUUGAAGAGGUUGCUGCAAUACGGGGCCCGUGCUCACAAAAAUUAAAGGACGUUGUCUGUAAAGUCGGUUUACGAACGAUAAUUUUACGUGAUAACGUCAUAAGAAAACAUUGAUUUGAAAUGGCAUACUUUUUAAUUUACAAAUUUUAUUUACAGUUUUUGGCAAAUUUAAUUUCAAUAAUUUGUUUAAAUAUAAUCACGAACAAUUAGUUAAAAAGCCCGCCUUAACCUGUUUGAUAUUAUAGAAGAUUUUCUCGCACGGUGGUUGGCCGGUUCUUGCACGCUCGGCUCAGGAGGAACGUGACAAUUUUUCUUGCGUGCAGCCGGCGUUCAUCGAUUUAUAAGACGUUAUCACGCCAAAAAAUGUUCUGAGAUAUCAGGGUGCAAAGUUUUCUUGAAGUCUGAGCAGAGUUACUCCAUUGAACACAUACGUACGUAACUUAUUGAAUAAUAUUCUGUAACCGACUAAAUAAAUGUUACAUGCAUACAAUUUAUUAGCCAGGAAAAAAGUGUUGGGGAUGAACAUGGCGUCAAAGAAAUUUAUCUAAAGCAUUACGAAAGUGGCGCUAUCUUAGAAGUUUUUUUUUCAAACCAAUAGUUUCAGUCAAAUAGAUCCAGGAUUUGAACUUGAGGUCCAACAAGGAAUUAUUUUAAAAUACUUCCCAAAUUGUUAAAGUUCUUUGGGCAGUUAACACUAAAAAAAUUUCACACUAAAAUAUUAACCUCAAACAUUUUAAAACACGUAACACUAAAGUCCCGCAACACAGUUGUGCGAUGCGGAUUGCCUACACCCGCAAGUGCCAAAUAAAAAGAAAGUAAAGUUUCAAAAUUUAAAAAAUAUAUAUUAAAUACUCUGAGUAACACUAUUUAUGAUGUGUGCAAAUAAAAAAUCAAGAGCUUUAGUACUGUGCUACUUGUAACAGAGAGAAAAAAAUAAAUAUUUAAUAAUUAA